ACAAAUGGCGGCAGGGAAAUUAUUGGCGUCCGCUGAUAUGUCAUUUCCACCAGCGUCGAAGGAGGCGAUUAGAUGGUCAGAUGAUGGGAAGGCUGCUGUAAUAACAGAUCAAGCGGUUUAUGUUUUCGAUAUUGUCGAUAGUAAUUAUGAUAGUAAGGGCAGACCAUUGUACGUUAUUACUGUCGUCCAGACUGUGUCGUUGUGGGCACCAGAUGUUGGAAAACUGGCGUCUUGUAGGCAAUCGGAUAUUGCAGAUGCUGCACAUCUAGACAGGACUUUAGUCCCGGUUGGUGGCCUUGAACCAUCUCCAUUAAAGUUUCAAGCUGCUGCGUGGUCUCCAGCUGGAUGUAGCUCAACUGGAGGGUGUUUACUUACUACACUUACGUUUGAUCACCAUGUCUUACUUCAUUCACCACCAUCAUCAACUCAACGACAUUGGAAACAGAGAGCUGAUAUUUCACAACUUAUUCUUGAAUACUGCAAACGUAUCCCAUCUAUCUGGUGUGCAAGGAGACCAACAUUCUGGAAGCAGGAAGUUCACGUAGCGUCCCAAAAGGAAUCAGAACCAAUGCGCAACGUCUCAACUGUUGACCUCAGUUCAUUCAUUUAUCGACGGCACGUGGUCGCUGCCACAGCUAUUGCUUGGUCUUCUCUUAUUCUGAAUAAUUCUGGCGUAUUGUCAACAUCUGAUGCAUUUGAUGGCCAGAACUCAGCUGACGAAUUGGAAGAGACUGCGUACUGUCUCUUGGCUGUGGCUACAAAGGCUGGUUUUGUCUUUUUACUUCGACUGAAGCCUCCUGUAACUCAAAUCAAUUUGAGAAUCGAAGUUGUAAGUUACGUUGUCACUGAUGUAAAAUGGCCGUCGUGUCUCGAAUGGAAUCAAGCAACUGAUUGCUGUAUGUUUGCAUUGGGUGGAUCAGAUGGCUCGGUCCACAUUUGUCAUGUUGAUAUGAAUACAGUAUUAGAGUCAGAAGAAUGGGAUGAUAAAUCAUCAAAGAAUACUUCUAAUUUAUCUCUUCAUAUGCGACACCAUGUAUUAUGUUCGGGUGGGGAUUCAAUGCCAGUUCACUGUUUGAAAUGGGUUGAAAAUGGUCAAACGAGGCUUCUUGUUGCUAAAGGAGCUGCUCUUAUUUCAUUGUUGUAUUUGCCUGAUCAAAUGAAUACAGGAAGUUGUAAUGAGAUCGGAAAUUACUUUUUGAUAUAUGGAGUUCAUAGUUUGAAUAUCUCAGGUAUUACGAGGACACAUAAUGGAACGUACUAUUCUACUGCUUUGGAUGGCUCUGUACAGACAUUUUCGCUAUCUGAAGGAUCUGAUGCUCAGGCUGUUGGUGUUGUGUUAAGUGGCAAGUUCAAGGAAGUUUAUUCUGCCUACCAUGGAUGUGCAGUAUCACCAAACGGUGUACUUUUGUUCCUUGUUGUUAGACCCGAGUCUGUUAGCGCUACAGGCGGCCAAGUUUACAAGGGAUCAAAUGCGGAGGCUCAGCUGCUUGUUAUUCAACUGUCAGCAGAGCUUGACAUUGUACCCUUGUUGUGUUGUCCAACUGCAUCUCCAUUUUCUGUAUGGGACGUGCUGGAACUUUUACGUUUGUAUGUUUUGAAUGGUCAGAACUUGCCAGAACCGCUGAUGGAGCUUUGCACGAAGCAGGACAUUUCACUGUCUCAGCUUCAAGUAGCACGAGCUAUUCUAGUGAUCAUGAAAAAGAACAGUGAAACUGAAGAUGGUCAUGAAGCCUUAGAUUUGGAAGAAACGAUUAGAAAAGUGGAUGAUCAAAUAACAACAACAGUUGUUGCUCGUUGUCUUGAACAAUUUCUUUAUCUUCACAAUCACCAGAUUAGUAAUGAAUUCUCUGAAGAAGAUUCUGCUAUUCUAACAAGCAUGUGCCAUUGGUUGGCUGAUCACACAGCAAAUUCCCUGCCACAGACAGCAGAUCUUUUGGAGAAGGUGUCAAGUGUGUUUCCAUAUUCGACGAAACCAGGGAGUUUAGGCGGUCGACAGCAAAUUUGCUGUCUUUCAUUAUUGCCAAUAAAUCCUUUCAUGCAGUGUCGAUAUUCUCGAAAGCUUGGCAGAUUUUCCCAAACUCCAAAUGUGUUCCCAGGGUCAUCCGUUUGGUUGACCAAAUGUGUUCUAUCUUACAACAGACGGUGCCCAUUUACUGACAUGUAUUUUGUCGAGCUGAUGUAACGAAUUUGGAAAGUAACGGUAAUUUUUAUGAACACAACGUUUGUGACUUUACGUAAGAACCAUGAACAGUUGCUUUCUGUGAUUUUUUCCGGCAGAGGAUACUAGUAGGUUGCCGCUGUGGUCGUUCCUAUACCGUACAUGUAUUGGAAAUUACUUUUUUAGAAUUUAAUCACCGCCAUAUAGU